AGAAGCAACUAUUUACACUCAACACAGAGCUGUGGGCCCCAGUGGAGGGGCUGCUAAUCAGUACAGGAGGGGUAUCAGCUCAUUUGAUAGCAGAUUAAGCUCAGGGGGCUUUAGGAGCAAACAACCUGCUUUUCAGUGUGAUCAGGACCACCGAGGACCACCGACACCAUGAGAACUGUCCAGUACUGCUCGCUGCUCCUGCUUUCUUUGGUCCUGCUAGCGACCGACAGUGAGGCUCUGCAAUGUUAUUCCUGUAUGGGCUCCAAUAACGACGACUGCAACCGGCAAGGCUCCAAAUCUUGUCCCAGCUACUCUGAUGCCUGCGCUGUGGUGGUGGGCCAUGACAGUGGGGUGAUGAAGUCAUGCUCCUACAAGUCUUUCUGCAGCCAGGCCAACAGCCAGGGCUACAGAGCGCCGGGGGUCAAAGUUCACUGCUGCUACGGAGAUGACUGCAAUAUGAACAGCUUUGCCUCCCGUCUGCCAAGACUCAACUACCUGCUGCUGUUUCUGCCUCUGUUGUUCCACAGUUUUUUCAAGUAGACUCAAAUUCACAAUGCCAACAAGAAUCCAUCUGCAACACAAAUGACAACUCGUGUUCCCAUUUACUCCAAAAAUGCCAAAUAACCCUGCCUGAUUUUACACUGUACACUCUAAACUACAAUUCUGCUUUGAUUUACCAUUAUGCAUCUAAACAGAAGCCUUUUCAUUAAGGAGGUACUGUACAUGGAAGAGCUUGAGGUGUUACUGCAUGGA